UCUCGAAGCCACUUUUCCGCGCUCUUUGUUCUUUCGUCUAUCGUUCCGAAGCGAAGCCCUAAAUCUCUUCCUCUAUUGCACCACAUCACUUUCCGAUCAAAUUUAUUUUUCGCCUGAGAAAUGGUCGCCGGCGGUAUGAUCUCCCGGAUUUCAAGGACCGUUGUGAGUAGGUGCCAAGGUUCAUUAAUCUUCCGUGGUCGAUGUGAUGAUCGGAACUUCAUUCCAAUCAUUCGGAAUUGUUUUCACUCUAUUCAUGGUUCUCAGGACAAGGCAUCUUAGACUUGUUUUCUGUUGCACAGGGGGUAUCAGAGCAAAUGGAAUUACGUAAUCCCAUUAUUAAUUUAUACACCGUUCAAAAAUCUGGAAUAUCAUCGUCUGCAUCUCAACAGCCCAACGAAAAUGGAACUUCCCGAAACGGAGGAGAUUCUACAGAUAUUCCAAAUGAUGCAAAAGAAAGAUCCGACGCUGGAAAUCUGGAUGAAACAGAUGCCUCUGAUAAGAAAGAAGAAGAAGAGUCAGGUUCAGAUGAGGAAGACCUGCCGGUUCUUUCGGUGGAUGAUCUGAUCAAACUUGUGGCUGAGAAAGAGGGACUACUUAAAACAAAGCACAAAGAGAUUGAGAAAAUGAAAGACAAAGUUCUUCGAACAUAUGCUGAAAUGGAAAAUGUAAUGGAGAGGACAAAAAGAGAAGCAGAUAACUCGAAGAAAUUUGCAAUACAGAAUUUUGCAAAGAGCUUACUGGACGUUGCCGAUAAUCUUAGUAGAGCUUCUUCAGUUGUAAAAGAGAGUUUUGCUAAGAUCGAUACUUCCCAAGACAGUGCUGGAGCUGUCCCGCUUUUAAAAACCCUGCUGGAAGGUGUCGAGAUGACUGAAAAACAACUAGCAGAGGUUUUCAAGAAGUUUGGGGUGGAAAAAUAUGACCCCACAAAUGAAGAAUUCGAUCCCGACCGGCAUAACGCUGUAUUUCAAGUACCAGAUCCAACCAAGUCUCCUGAUACCGUUGCGGUUGUGCUGAAGGCGGGAUACAUGCUGCAUGAUCGAAUUCUACGGCCAGCUGAAGUCGGUGUGACGAUAGCUGUGGAUGGUGACAAAGGAUCCGAAACUUGAUUUGGUGGUUUACCCAAAAGUUUUGAUUGCAGGUUUGAUCAAUGGAAUCAUCAAUUGUUUUGUUACUUGUAGCACAGUAGUAUUGAUGGGUCUUUACUUGUUAAAAAGAAUCUCGAGUUAAAAGUGUUACAGGGGCGAUUUGGAUGUUGUGGCACAGCCAAGAUACGUGCUACUACUAGUCGGGUGUAAAAGUGUCGAGCUUUUAACGACCUACUCGAGCUCGAGUCGAUCUCAAACACAAAGUAUAGCUCACUUAAUUUAACGAGUCGAGCUCCAUAACACCAGUUUUU